AGUGAGAUCGGUGAGCGAGAACGGGAGGGCUUCAGCCGACGCCCCAGCCGCGCGUGAGCUCCGCUGACGACUCUUUCCGGUCGACGCCAUUGGGCCGAACCGGUAAGCCCUUUGUCCGUGCCCUGCUUCUUCCCCCAUUUUUGGACACGACAGCCGGAGCUCGCGGCCGACCGGCUCGCACGAACUCCAGCUCCGACCGUCCUUUGUAUGGCUGAUGUUUAUGUCCUGGUUCGUUUGUCAAGAGUCCCGGCUCGGGUUGAGUCUCGGCUGAGCGGGAAACCACUCUUUUCCAUAGCGUAUACUAGAGGUUCGAUGCAAUGCCACAGUGAGAUCUGGUUCUGUUUCGCUGUCUUGGCCGGAGUCGAGUCGUCCGGCACUGGAGAAGCCAAGUCCGAGCGUUUCAUCUCGAGUAUCUCCAACCCUUAGAGAGAGAGCAGGAUAUGAGUUUCCAGAAUUCUCCCAUGGAGGCAUCCGCGAAGAAGAACGUCCUAAAAAUAGAAAGAUCUAACCCCAUCGUGAUCCUACCAGAACACGAAACACCUGAGAGUUCCCUUUUCUUAACUAGCAUCGAUCAAGUGGCUGUCGUACAUGUGCCAUCUAUUUAUUGUUUUGACAGGAGCGACGCAAAUGCGGUGGACGUGAUUAAGCAAGCUUUGGCCAAAGUUCUGGUUCAUUACUAUCCACUUGCAGGGAGAUUAGCUAUAAACUCCAGAGGGAAGUUGGUUGUUGAUUGCCAAAACAAGUUAGGAGUCCCAUUUGUGGAGGCAAUAGCUGAUUGUGACAUAAAAAAUCUGGGUGAUGUGAGAAUUCUCGAUGGUGAUGUUCUCGGUAAGCUUGUUUACAAAGAGCCUACGCAAGAUAAACUUGAAGUAGCUCCCCUUCUAACUGCACAGGUGACCAAAUUUAAAUGUGGAGGUUUUAUUUUAGGAGUUUCAAUUAACCAUUGCAUAACAGAUGGUAUAUCGGCAAUGGAUUUUAUGAAUGCAUGGGCUGAAAUAGCAAGAGGCAAGCCUUUGUCCCGCGUCCCUUGUCACGAUAGAACCAUCCUAAGUGCAAGGUUUCCUCCUCAAAUCACCGGUCCUUAUGACGACUUUGUUCAGAUAAGUGAUGUAUCAAACACGAAGGCAUUAUAUGAGGAACAACAAAUAGUAUAUAAAUCCUUCUUAUUUGAUGCGGAGAAGCUGGCAGCCUUAAAAAGAAUGGCAACAAAAGAUGAUCAGGUAACCAGCAGAUGCAGCAGCUUCGUAGCACUUGCAGCUUUUGUGUGGCGGGCUCGAAGCGUGGCCCUCAACAUGAAACUUCACCAACAAACAAAGCUUCUUUUUCCGGUUAACUUCAGGUCUAGGCUAAGAACACCAUUGCCUGACGGAUACUUUGGGAAUGCCAUUGCUAUGCCUUGCUGUCUCUGCACCAAGGGAGAGUUGAUUGAGGAGCCAAUCUCGGCUUCUGCAGAAAGAAUAAAGAAGGCGAUCGAGAGUGUGACUGAGGACUACAUACGGUCAAAGAUUGACUUUCUGGACAUGCAUCGAUUUGAGGGAUUCCCUACAGGCACACUAGUCAUAAAUUCAUGGACGAGUCUCGAGCAUGGCAGUACGGACUUUGGGUGGGGAGAGCCGAGGUUCGGGACCGGUGACGUAUCAAGCUUAACCUGUUUGUUUAUGACAGAAGGGAGAGAGAAGGGCAUUGCGGUGGUGUUGGGGUUGCCGUUUUCAGCCAUGGAUACCUUCAAUAAGCUCUUUUGUGAUUUGAAUGGAGCUUAGUACUAAAAUCGGCAUUCAAAACCGGUUUACGAAGCGUUACCAACUGUCUCGAAUGGAAUCUAUCACAUCUCUUUUAAUAAAUAAUUUUCAAGAGUUUAGUCUUGAAUACGUAAAAUAAUCUGUUGGACUUCUGCGUACAUCUUGAGACUUGUCAUGUUUUUCAGUUUUCAUUGUCCAAGACCAAUUUAAUAAAAAUAUUAUCUUUCUGCUUGU